CAUUUAACUUACUGUCUUCAAAUAUCAUAUUACAUCGGUAUAUGUAUUCCUAGUUCAAAACAUAUCAAUGGAUGACCUUCACUCAUCUUCAGAGCAUUGCUGAAAACUACAACAUUUCAAAAAGCAUAGACUUUUUUAGUAUGCCGUUUGAGAGGAUCUCCAGAGAGCUCUGUGCUUUUAAAGAAACAUUAGAGAUCAGUCUGAGUUCCUUCAAAUCCUGUAAUAAGAGUCGACAGAAAAGGACUAAGAGCCUUGACUUGAGUCUAGCCAACAUAGCUUUGAGGGAGAACAAUCUCAACCUCAGACAAAUCCAUAUGCAGAUCCAGAACCAGCAAAGCCACAUCGGUUAUUUGGAGUCCUUGAGGAAUCAGGUUCGACAUGGGAUGCAGAAUCUUCUGGCCUCUCUCAAAAGACAUCAGCCCAUAAUGAAAUUGGAGAGUCAGAUGCAACAGUUUUAGAUCCCCUCUUUUAUGAGGAAGCAACAAGGUGAGGCAUGUCGAGCCUAUAAACCAAAGUCCUAAAAACAGAAUAGAUUGUCAACUUCUGGGCACACCAAACAACCACAGACACACAACAUAAGACACAGACAACGGCACCCUGCAAGCACAACAACUCAAGCUGAAGAGGAAGUUUUUCAACUUCCGCUUCGAUAAAAAAUCCCACAUAUUCAAGCCCCAAAGGAAGAAGCCAGAAGUAGAUAUUUCGAGUGGUUUUGUGUAAAAAUGAAAUUGAAAUGCAUUCAUAAACGCGCGUAUCCACAGUUUUAG